GCCUAUCUCGGCGAAACCAGUAAAAUUCGUCGCAUCGCGUUUCUAGACUGCUCCCCUCCGCCAUUCGACCUGGUCAACCUUCGAAUCCGCAAGCAUUUCGAUAUUCUUACCAAUACGCGCCUCUGGUUCAAAUACACUGACACGGACGGAGACGUGCUGACGCUUUCCACUAGCGAGGAGCUCUAUGACGCGUUUGUUCUCCAGAAGCAGAACCCGCUGCUAGUGAGAGUUUAUGACAGCAACGGCGUAACAGAUUCCGUCAAUCUGACAGACUCAGUCAACUCAAAAUCCCACGUCAGUUGUGGUACUACUACUGACGGCGCCAGCCUUUCUGUCGCUUCCCCUUCCCCUCCUGCUCCUGUACCCACUCCUGCCGCCGGAUCUACAACCACAGCUUCUACUGCUGCUCCUCUCUUUGGUUCCUCCGCUCCCCCUACUGCAUCUGCUGCUCCUCUCUUUGGUUCCUCCGCUCCCCCUACUGCAUCUGCUGCUCCUCUCUUUGGUUCCUCCGCUCCCCCUACUGCAUCUGCUGCUCCUCUCUUUGGUUCCUCCGCUCCCCCUACUGCAUCUGCUGCUCCUCUCUUUGGUUCCUCCGCUCCCCCUACUGCAUCUGCUGCUCCUCUCUUUGGUUCCUCCGCUCCCCCUACUGCAUCUGCUGCUCCUCUCUUUGGUUCCUCCUCUCCCCCUACUGCAUCUGCUGCUCCUCUCUUUGGUUCCUCCGCUCCCCCUACUGCAUCUGCUGCUCCUCUCUUUGGUCCCACCCCUCCUGCUGCCCCAGCUUUCGGCACUCCCACUCCCACCGUUCGUGCUGCGACCACUCCUGCAUCUACUAAAACCAAUCAAGGGCUUCCCAGAAAACCCUGA